GUGCAAUAGGCUGUAGCUUUUUGUCUUUGUGUGCGUUUGAUUGAAACUUUGAUACAAUCCUAUUUAUAAACCCCCUCAAACCUUUCUUCACAACAACACCAUAAUAAAAAGGGUCACUUUGUUUUCUCUUUUCAGACUCUUAUGUUCUUUUCUUUCCCCUCUCUCACUCUUGAAUCAUUUUUCUUCAGUUUUAAUGGCACUUGAAACCGUUGUUUUUCCUCAAGAUCCAUUCAAUUAUACUUAUAAGGAUAAUUACUUCAACUUAUUAAGUAAUGACUAUGGUAAUACUAGUACUUUACAAGCUGAAGAACAAGAGAAUGUUCUCCUAGGAAUCAUCAACAACAACAACAACAUAGUAGAGCAACAAAAUCUCCAUGCAAAUUGGGAUUCUUGUUCGGUUAAAGAUCAAUGGGAGUAUUCACACUCUUCUUCUCCUGAAAUCUGCACCGUUGAUCAAACUAUCAAAGCUCCUCCUUCUACAACAGUGGAAGCAGCUACAGAAACUCCCACGUGUCGGAGAAAACGACGUCGUAUCAAAAGUGCGAAGAACAAAGAGGAAAUUGAAAACCAAAGGAUGACUCAUAUCACAGUUGAAAGAAAUCGUAGAAAACAAAUGAAUGAGUACUUGAACGUGCUUCGAUCUUUGAUGCCUUCUUCUUAUGUUCAAAGGGGCGACCAAGCUUCAAUUAUUGGGGGAGCAAUAAACUUCGUAAAAGAGUUAGAACAACUUUUACAGUCGAUGGGGGGCCAGAAGAAAACAAAGGAAAACAUAUCCUUAAAUGGACCACCUUUUUCUGAGUUUUUCACUUUUCCUCAGUACACAACUCACAACAACAAUAACAACAACGUUACUAUGGAACAAAAACAAUGUGCUGUAGCAGACAUUGAAGUCACCAUGGUAGAUUCUCAUGCCAACAUCAAAAUACUUUCUAAGAAACAAUCCGGACAUCUCAUGAAAAUUGUUCUUGCCUUACAAAAUCUUAGACUCACCAUUCUUCAUCUUAAUGUCACAACUAUUGAUCAAAUGGUUCUUUACUCAGUCAGUGUCAAGGUAGAGGAGGGGAGUCAGCUGAAUAGUGUGGAUGAAAUUGCGGCUGCUGUGAAUCAACUAUUAAGGACAGUUCAACAAGAAUUGGCUUAUCAAUCAACUUGACAAAAUUAAUUUUAAUUUCUUGCUUAAUUUAUUUUAUAAUCUUCUCUUUGUGGUAAUUAUAAUGGAGAGGGUAAUGUGUGUAGCAGUUUAACUAUUGUGUACUAAUCUUUUUUUCUAAUAAUAGCAUUUGUGGCUAAUAACUUCAA